UCUUAGCAACAUUUGCUCUUCUUAGCAAUAAUGUCUUCGACCUACGGCCUCUUCGGCCCUCUGCUGCUUUCACUGCUACUUUUUUCCUCAUCCACUUCGGCAUCUCAUCUUAAUCGGAUUCCGAGUCUAAGGAUUGCCCCGGACAGUUUCCUGCAGGACUCCGGAAAUGCAGUGACGGAAUCGAUUCUUAAUGAGACCCAGACUUUCUUCUUCGACCAGACGCUCGACCACUUCAACUACAUGCCUGAGAGCUACGCGACUUUCAAGCACAAGUACGUCAUAAAUUUCAAGUACUGGGGCGGUGCGAAUUCGAGCGCGCCCAUCUUCGCUUUUCUCGGCGGCGAGGAACCGGUGGCCCAAGACAUACCCGCUGUCGGAUUUCUUACUGAUAAUGCGCCUCGGUUCAAGGCUCUUAUACUUUACAUAGAGCAUCGAUUCUACGGGGAAUCAAUUCCAUUUGGAUUGAGUCUGGAAGAAGCACUGAAUAAUUCCAAUACUCGUGGCCAUUUUAACUCGGCGCAAACUUUAGCCGACUAUGCAGAGGUCAUCAUCCACGUGAAGAGGAUGUUGAACGCGCAAAAAUCUCCCGUGAUUGUCAUGGGAGGGUCGUAUGGUGGAAUGCUAGCUGCAUGGUUCCGACUAAAGUACCCGCACAUCGCUCUCGGGGCCUUCGCUUCGUCGGCUCCGAUCCUUCUUCCUGUCAACUUCACCCCGCAUUAUGGUUAUUAUACCAUCGUCAGCAAGGGCUUUCGGGAAACUAGCGAGACAUGCUACGAAACAAUAAAAAGAUCAUGGUCAGCAAUCGACCGAGUUGCCUCCAAGCAGCACGGACUCCAGUAUCUGACCGAGACAUUCAACACCUGCGAGCCAUUGAGUAAUGCUUCUGAGCUUAAGGACUACCUGAUCUCUAUGUACGCCACAGCUGCUCAAUACAACGACCCCUUCACAACACCAGUGGCCAAACUCUGUGAUGCUGUGAAUAGCAAUGGAAGUUCAAGCAUUCUUAACAAAAUAUUCGCAGGGGUGGUUGCUACUAUGGGAAAUUCCACGAAUUCCUCGUGCUACGACAUUACUCCCCCAAGAAAUGCUUCACAAACUACCUUGGGUUGGUCAUGGCAGAAUUGUAGUGAUAUCAUAAUGCCCCUGGCCCGCAACAACAAGACUAUGUUUCAGCCCGACAGUGACACCCUGCAUAACUACAUAGAGUACUGCAAGCGCUCAUACGGCAUUGCUCCUCGACCCCACUGGAUCUCUACGUAUUACGGUGGUCAGGACAUAAAGUUGACUCUCCAAAGAUUCGGGAGCAACAUCAUAUUCUCCAACGGGCUCAAAGAUCCUUUUAGCAAUGGCGGGGUCUUAGCAAACAUUUCGGAUACCAUUGUUGCCGUUUAUACAGCCAAAGGUUCACAUUGUUUGGAUUUAAUUGCAGCAUCGGCGAAAGAUCCCGAUUGGUUGGUAAAGCAACGGGAGACAGAGGUCGAGAUCAUGGGAAGAUGGAUCCAUGUAUAUUAUAAUGAUCUUAAGGAAUUACAAGAUAGCUAAGACCUUCGAAUUACUAGUAACUAGCCCUUUAUCCUUGGCAUUGCACGGACGGUUCUGUAUCCUUAAUUUAGUUUCACAGAGUACAUCGAACUCUCGGUACGCGUACUAUAUGAUUCAAAUAGCCUAGUCAAAUAAAUGAGUUGGAAUGGUUAUGCACUGAGAAAGCAUAAAUUAAUUAAAUAAUUUUGUCUUAUUCUUCACAAGAAAAAAAGGUUGCAUUUGUUUGAAGGAAAUUAUUUCAGAUGAA